AUGGAAGGCGACGACGAGACCUCAGGCCCAAUGAUGACGACGAGAUCUACGCCAACGGCGUUGGCGGUGACGACGAGAAGCGCAGCAGACCAAUCAUCAGCAGUGAGCAACUCGACGUCGAGGCCUACGCGAGCCUCUACAGCGGCCGCACCAAGAUCAUGCGGCUGA